AUGGAGAAAAGCGACAUCCUGUCGCAAGCCCUGUUCGUGGAAAAACAAAAACGCGACGGAAAACUACAACCCCCUCCUCGCACAGAGACGGUCGGGAGAUAUGGGGCGUCUCAAAGCCGUCUUCACAUAUAUGAUCGCAUUACCGGUCGUCAAUUCCUUGUAGACACGGGCGCGGAGAUUUCUAUUCUUCCCGCAAUGCCUCGCGAUAAAAAACAGCCGACCGAGCACAAAUUAUUCGCGGCUAAUAACACAGUAAUUGAUACCUACGGCGAGCGUCGCCUUACACUAGACCUGGGUCUUCGGCGACCUAUCGCGUGGAAUUUCCGCGUUGCUGCCGUUUCCCACGCCAUUAUUGGCGCAGAUUGUUUAAAGUUCUACCAACUAGUGGUAGACUUACACAAGCGCCGGUUCAUUGACUCGAAAACCAAACUUUCCGCCGUCGGCGAAAUUCGAGUGGUAUCAAAUACUAAAGUCUUUUCAGUAAAUCGCGGAUCUAAAUUCGCAGACAUCCUGUCAGAGUUUCCGGAUAUAACGGGGGUAGAUCAAAUGAUUCCUUCAGGAACUCGUGAUGUCGAGCAUCAUAUCGCGACCUCAGGCCCGCCCGUUGCCGAACGUCCUCGUCGUUUAGCGCCUGACAAAUUAACGGCGACAAAAGCCGAAUUUAAACGGCUUAUGAGUUUAGGCAUUUGUAGGCCUUCAAAUAGCUCCUGGGCUAGUCCACAGGCUCCAUACACUUAG